UUUUCAUUGGAGUCUUUCCUAAUACCACAUUGUUACUACGAUGAUCUGUCGUCAGUGGUCAUACCGAAAGGGAUGAUCACGGACCGGGUGAAACGCCUUGCACAAGAGAUAAAUGAAUCGAUCGGUGAUAAGCCACUCGUAAUGUUAUGUAUUCUAAAAGGUUCAUUUCGUUUCUUCACGGCCCUAGUCGAUGAACUGACUACGGCACGUGGUCAGUGCUCACAUCCGCUGGUUGUGGAUUUCAUUCGGGUUAAAAGCUAUGCGGACAGCGCUAAAACCGGUACAUUGGAGGUGAUCGGAUUGGCGAGCCUUGAUGAACUGAAAGGAGCAAACGUUUUGAUAGUAGAGGAUAUCAUUGACAGUGGACAAACGCUGGCACGUUUAAUGAAGACUCUGGAUCAGUUGGGCGUUAAGCAAAUGUGGACAGCGAUAUUACUAUCGAAACGAGUGAAACGAACUGAAAAAGUCAAUGAGGAUUUCGUGGCAUUCGAAAUACCGGAUAAAUUCAUCGUUGGUUACGGUCUGGAUUACAACCAGAAAUUCCGAGAUUUGAAUCAUAUCUGUAUGAUGAGCGAGGCUGGAAUUGCGCGAUAUAAACUUAUGCAAUAG